AUGGUCUUCGGUCGUCGCAAGAGAAGUGCUUCUGCUCAUCACCAGCCACUCUCCACACCCGCCGCGCAAUCCGCCCAGUCCGCCGCCAGCCAUGCUUUCCUAAAAUCCCAACCCUCCUCAGCCAGCUUGUCCUCCGCAGCGGCGGCAGCAGCGCUCCGCAACUCCACACCUACCCCGACCCCCAUUGAAAAUGUCCAGACAAAGCGCAUGGUCCAGCGGCGGAGCUCGACCCACUCACAGAUUAACCCCGUUGGCGGUCGCCGCUCGGCCAGCGUGAGUGCGACACUUCGCCGCUCCAGUAGCAAUAGUUCGAUGAGCGCACGCACCUUUCGCGACCAGUCCCCUCAUCGCCCAGCUACCAGCUCCGGGCCUGUCGGAUCCGGACCAGCACCCAUCGAUGUGCCUCCAUUACCUUCUCUCCCGACACAGUUUUCGCCGCGGAAACUGCCGAACCGACGUGCGAUGAGUAUGGAACCAUCAAUGCGUUCGCCUCCAUCGUCUCCACCGCGCGCUGGGAUGAGGGGCGUGGAUCGGGAACAUGCGCGAGGGUCUCCGAUCCAGCUAGCUACGCAUCAACGUAUAACUAGUCUUGGGACCGUUCCAGAAUUGGAACGAUCGGCGAGCCGGAAUUCGGUGAAUUUCUCGUACCCCAUGGGCUCGCGACCUACCUCGCCGACUGCAAUGUCUGAGAAUAAUCCGAUGAGCCUCCACGAUGCUAUUCAAGAAUCGAUUGCUGAGGUAUCUGACAAAUAUCCAAAAGGGAAGCCUAGAGCACAGUUAUCUGGUGAUCUGGAGGAAAGCCCUGUUGCAGACAAAUAUGGUCCUCUGGCUGGCACCGCAGGUGCUGCAGCUCACCCGGUUGGCGUGCCGAAGGACAGCCCAAGUUCGAAUGUUCGGAGUGGAAACGUGCGAAAUUCGUUUAUAGAGGCUGAUGCUCUAGACCAUUAUACUGGUACCACAGUGCCUGCUGUGACAAGCGUGGAAAGUGAACACCCAUCCUCCCGAGUCCUUCCUGAGCGGUGGCCAUCCACCGUUCGAGAAGAGCCCGAGGAUGGCGAUACGAAUAUCGAAGAUAUCCCUAUACGGCAAGGCAGAGACCGCACAACGAGUGCAUCGCCAACUACUGAUCAUGUAGAGGCAGCACCAGUGCCCUCGUCACCCUCAUCGGAACUGCAAAUAGGGCAGCAGCCACAUCGUCAAUCAAGCAGCCCAGGUCGAACUGCUCGUUUUUCCAGAUUGCUCUCUGUAGCUGGAGCCGGUGAUCAAGUUCACCAGCCUCCGCCCAGAUCAGUAUCUCCUGUCAAAUCGGCCUUGAAACACCCAAGGGGAAGCUCUUUAUCGCCAGAUGGAAGGGUUGGGGCAACCGGUCGAGUCCUACCAUCGAACGAACUAUCAGAUGGUACCUCAGUCGCUUCUGACGAAGGGUCCCGGGUGGACACCAGGAAGAAGCCUGCCAAGGUCAGUUUCGAUGAUGAGGCUGAAGUCGUCAAUAUAGCAGCCAGCCCUCCUACCUCGCCAGAAGAAUAUACGCCUGAUUUCCCGUCCGGCGGCAAAGCCAAAUCUCCCAUGAAUUGGCUUGGUGUUGGCAAAAAGAAGUCGCCCGCGGAGUUUGCGAGCGAUGAUGACUGGGAUGUAGUCAUCAAACCCCGACAAGUCCUUCCAUCUUUCGGUAGCAUUCGAGGGAGCCGAGGUGGUCCCCUCAAGAGAUCACCAAUCCCAGAUUUCAGUGACAAUGAGUCCAGCUCUUCAUCUGCAUCUGAUAUGGCGCCAAGGCCGGAUAUGUCGCUCCCAAAUGAAUACUUCCAACCACGCGGUUUGAGCGCUCUGGAGCAGUUGUCUCUCAACGGCAGCUUGCCGACUUCGCAUUCGGAUACCAACAAACGAGAGGAUACAGUCACCGAUGAUGACACUGAGAAACAGCCAUAUUCUAGCGUGAGCUCAAAAUUGUCCGUGCCUGACAUUGCUGUCGAGCCUGCUACACCCCCAGCAGAUGGAACCAAUCAAAGUUUCGAUACGAAGAGAUCCAGCAUGGAACAGUAUAGGAUUCCGGGUGGGUUCCCGCCUUCCAGCAUAGACCGCACUCUCGAUUCGACUGCAAAGAAUACUAGCGCCCAGGCCGUAGCGAGCGCCCUUCCAAAGCUGGAUGACGUGGAUACUGAGGAGGAGUCUGGUGAUAGCGUCUACAGCGAUGCAGCGGAAGACAUGGACGGUGAUGGGUUUGGAUCCAUCAAUGCAAUUGUCGAUAGCCGGUCAGCCCCUAGGUCGGCACCGAUCGAGGAGAAUGCGAGCGAAUCUCGGGACGCAACGCCAAGGCCUAUCGGUAGAGCCGCCAUCGUGGAUAGUCAAUCACAAAAUGUGACAGGUCAACCACCCGAAGAGCGUUCCGUGACACCAACUCAAGAUUCGGUCAACCGCCUGGCAGAGGAAUUCCCCACCUCUUCGGUUGGCCAUGGACUUGGUUCUGCAUACCCGCCAGUGCCAAUCCAGUCGCAAACUCCCAACGUGACUGCUCAGAAUGCCAACGUCCAAGCACAGCGCACUAUGCGGCCCCGCCCUAUCUCGGUGGACGUGAAUGGCGCGUCUCGGGAUCCUCGGUGGUCGAGCAACGAUACCUCCCCGCGAGGUAGCAAGGCUAAACCACGUCCAAUGUCUCUUGGUCCGACUUUCCACAAUUUAGGAGGACAAACAGGUAUACCUGACACUCUCCGCCGGAAAAUGUCGAAUGGAAGUGAUUCCUCGAGCAGCUUCAAACGCUCUUCUCCGCGUUCAGAUACACACUCCAUGCGACGGACAAUGAGAUCUGGUGCUGCUGGUGCUAACGUUCGAGUCCAAUCUCCAACAGAGCGCAAUGAGUCACACCUUGAAAAUCGUCCUCUUUCAUCUGGCUCCUCGAAUGGCACAAUGCGCAAGACUCUCCGAGGGCCUACUGGAGGUGAGCGAUAUUCCUUUUUCUCGACGAACAAGAAGGCGCCACCGAGAGCCAAAUUCACCAAGGCGCCCCCAAAGUCGGCGCGUGCAAGUCGGUUCGCAAAUUCAGAUGGCGAGGAUGAAGCCCGGCCCCAGGUCUUCACCAGUCGAUUCGCAGAUUCGAGUGAUGAAGGUGACCCUGGACGUAAUAAGUUACGCCCUGUCCGCGGUAUCCCCCGUCGCCAAGGUGCUGACGAUGGUGACUCGACAGAGUUGGAAGAUAGCUCAGAAGAAGGCGCCCGGCAGCAAGCACAACCAGUACUUGCAUCUCAGACAAUGGCCUCUGCAUACGGGUCCCGCGGAAAAAAUGCACCAAAUAUGUCUGGAAUGGCAGCUGUGGCCAAACAACGUGGCAUGUCGCAGAGAGACUUGGAGGAGUUCAUCAUGGCGCCUCCCGGUGGUCAGAAGAGAGGACUUCUCACCCGACUUGGCAUCAAGAAACCCAGGAACUCGGAACAUGGAUUUCGCGAAGCUGGCGUCGAGAGCCCCCUAGAGCGGUCCCGUCUGGAACUCGAUCAAUUACGGAGCGAGGGCAUGAUGAAUGGGAACCACGGCAUCACAACAACCACAGUUUCUGCCGGGAAUCCUGAGCCGACUCGUUCAUCUAAGCUAGUGAAGAGAAACUCUAAGCGCCAGUCGACAGGACCAAACUCUUGGCCCCUUCACUCCAACAACACCAAGGAAGAAGAACCUCUUCAGCCAGUCGUGGAACAGCCAUACAGCGCCCCGUCGUAUGCACUCCAAUCACAGGAUCCCGUGCCGGCAACAAAUGGUGCAGGCGCAGCACAAAAUGGAAGCAUCGUUGUCAAUGGGGAUGAUGAUGCUCACAGUGCAUCUCCGGUUGCAAAGAUAUCCGAGGCACCCCGCGACGGACCAGAUCCCAACAAUGGCGGCACCUCUGAAGUCACGAACCCCGAUGGCCAUGGACUUUCGGCGCGCGAGGUUGUAAUCGCUGGCUCAGGACGAAAGAAACGAUUUCCUCUUCUCCGGAAGGCAUUCGGUCUACGCGAUUGA